AUGGCUACGUCUAUCCUCGGGGAAGAGCCGAGAUUUGGAACGACUCCCCUGGCCAUGCUGGCCGCCACCUGCAACAAGAUCGGCAACACUAGUCCCCUGACCACCCUACCCGAGUCUAGCGCCUUCGCCAAAGGGGGCUUCCACCCCUGGAAACGCUCCACCUCUAGCUGCAACCUGGGCUCCAGCCUCUCGGGCUUCACGGUGGCCACGAGUAGGGGAUCCAACGGACUGGCCAGUGGCACGGGCACCGCCAACAGCGCCUUCUGCCUGGCUUCCACCUCGCCCACUUCCUCGGCCUUCAGCAGCGACUACGGCGGCCUCUUCUCCAACUCGGCGGCAGCGGCGGCGGGCGUGUCCCCGCAGGAGCCCGGCGGGCAGUCGGCCUUCAUCUCCAAAGUGCACAGCUCGGCGGCCGAGAGCCUCUACCCGCGGGUGGGCAUGGCGCACCCGUACGAGUCCUGGUACAAGUCGGGCUUCCACUCCACGCUCUCAGCGGGCGAGGUAGCCAACGGAGCGGCCUCCUCCUGGUGGGAUGUGCACACCAACCCGGGCUCCUGGCUUGAGGUGCAGAACCCGGCGGGGGGGCUGCAGAGCUCGCUGCACUCGGGCGCCCCCCAGGCCUCGUUGCACUCCCAACUGGGCACCUACAACCCCGACUUCAGCUCCCUUACCCACUCCGCCUUCAGCUCCACCGGCCUGGGCUCCACGGCCGCCUCGCACCUGCUCUCCACCAGCCAGCACCUGCUCACCCAGGAGGGCUUCAAGCCCGUGCUGCCCUCCUACACGGACUCCAGCGCGGCGGUGGCGGCGGCCAGUGCCAUGAUCUCGGGCGCCGCCGCCGCCGCCGCCGGGGGCGGCUCGGCCCGCUCCGCCCGGCGCUACUCAGGCCGGGCCACCUGCGACUGCCCCAAUUGCCAGGAGGCCGAGCGGCUGGGGCCGGCGGGGGCUAGCCUGCGGCGCAAGGGGCUGCACAGCUGCCACAUCCCCGGCUGCGGCAAGGUGUACGGCAAGACCUCGCACCUGAAGGCGCACCUGCGCUGGCACACGGGCGAGCGGCCCUUCGUCUGCAACUGGCUCUUCUGCGGGAAGCGCUUCACCCGCUCCGACGAGCUGCAGCGUCACCUGCGGACUCACACGGGCGAGAAGCGCUUCGCCUGUCCCGUCUGCAACAAGCGCUUCAUGCGCAGCGACCACCUGAGCAAACAUAUCAAAACGCACAACGGGGGUGGUGGGGGCAAAAAGGGGAGCGACAGCGACACGGACGCCAGCAACCUGGAAACGCCGCGCUCCGAGUCCCCCGACCUCAUCCUGCACGAGGGGGUGGGCGCCGCCGCCCGCGGACCGGGCAAGGAACCUACCGCGGGGCCCGGCGACUCCUAG